AUGUCAACUCCUCCUCCCUUCCAUACAAAUGCUGGAGCUCCGAGAGACUGUGCUGCGCCUCUCUCCAAUCCAAGCAGAAGGAACCCACGGGUUUCAGUUUGCGGCGCCGGCGCCUCCGAUCGGAGCACCGCUGGUAUUAUCCAUUAUUCGUACGACAUACAAGUUGCAGUUGCAGCGCAGCAGAGCUCCAUCCAUCCAUCUAUACAAGAGGUUGCAAGCAGGUAUCUGGGCGCCUCCGGGUCCAGGAAGUGUCUGCUCGCCAUGGACGGCGGCGAGAGACCGGCGACGAGCCACAAGGCUGCCCCUUUCGUCCCGGACGGCGAGCUCGUGGAGCUGCUGUGGCAGGACGGCGCAGUCGUGGCGCAGGCGCACCACCACCACCACCGGCACCCGCUGGUCCAGGCCGGCGCCGGCAAUACGGGCGCCAGCGGCGUCACCGGGGAGCAGGCGCCCGCGCUGCCGUGGCUCCCGUGCAGCGGCGGGGCGCUGGGCGGGGACGUGUACUCGCAGCUCUGGCAGAGCAUCGUGCAGGCCGACGGCCGCAUGGUGGGCGCCGACGCCUCGGGCGUGGGCGUGGCCCGGCCGCCCGCCAAGAGCGGGAACAGCGGCGCCGGGUCCAGCCGGACGGCCGGGGAGGUCGGCUCCAGCUUCUGCGGCAGCAACCUCGUCGCCGCGGCGCUGCACCUGGACGACGACAUCGACGACGUCGGCGUCGCCGCGGUGGCGCUGCCGAUGCAGCUGGACGACCGGGCGGCCGCGGGCGCCGUCGCCGGCGCGUCCACGUCCAUCGGCCGGAACAGCAAUGCGCUGCCCAAGAGGAGCAGGGACGAGUUCGACGAGGACGCCGACUUCGACACCGUCGACGAGACCCCGCCGUCGUCGAGGCGGCCUGCGUCCAACAAGCGCAGGACUCGCGCCGCCGAGGUCCACAACAGGUCGGAGCGGAGGAGAAGGGACCGAAUCAACGAAAAGAUGCGAGCUCUGCAGGAACUCGUGCCUCAAUGCAACAAGACCGACAAAGCGUCGAUACUAGAUGAGGCAAUUGAGUACUUGAAGUCCCUCCAAAUGCAAGUUCAGAUCAUGUGGAUGUCUACUGGGAUGGCGCCGAUGAUGAUCCUGGGUGCUCACCAGUUCAUGCCUCCGAUGACCAUGGGCUUGAAUUCCGCGUGGAUGCCACCACCAGCUGUGCAGUUCCUGAGCCAGAUGCAGAGGGUAACACCACCCUUCAUGAACAACCCGUUGUCGAAUCAGAUGCCUCAGAUCUUACCCCCUCCCCCUCCUACCAAUGCACCCAGUGUAACAGACCAAGCUCAACGGAAUCGCAUGGCCCUGCUGAGAAAUCCCUUCCUUCAUCCUAAUGAUAAUGAUGCACUGUCAACACCGCCACAGGUGCCAAGUUUAUUUGGCUAUGGACCACAGAUGGUACAAGUGAAUGAGAUUCAAGAGCUACUGAGUGGCACUGCAGCGCCGGCUUUGGGGACCGACCUACCAUCAUCCUUUGAUGGAACUGGAACAUAA